CAAUUGCCCAUAUUAUAUUGAUCGCUUAAUCGCCGACCCCUUCUCCAGUAAAAUUGUUCAAUUGCUAAUGUUCCAAUUUCAGAGUAAUAUUUUCCGCUAACUUUUGCUACGCUUAUGCUAGAUUAGAUAAUUUAUGAUGCAAUUUAUAAGAAAGUAGUAAGUUAUAAAGUAUUCAAUAAAAGGAGAAAAAUAUGCGUGUGCACAAACCAUCAUUGACUUUUUCACAGUCAACGCAUGCUCCUAGAGUAAUGAUCUGUAUCGAGACUGAAUACUUUUAUCUCAAUCGGGUUCUUCUACUUGCUAUUGGCUUAUGGCCUCAUCAUCAAUCAAAUCUUGUUCGAUUUCAGAUAAUUUUGUGUCUCAGUAUUCUGAUAAGUUGUAUUAUUUUCCAACUUACAACAUUUUUGACGGCAGAAUGUACUCCUUAUCUUAUAAUAAAAGUUUUCUCUAACGUGAUGUUUUGCAGUACGUACAUUAUAAAUUAUAACGCAUUUUGGAUGAAUACGCAUAAUGUAAAGCGUUUAACGGAGCAACUACAGCAAAUUUGUAAUGAAUUGAAAGACGAGAACGAAAUCAAUAUUAUGAAAGAGUAUGGAAACAGCGUGAAACGUUAUACAGUUGUAAUUAUAUUGUUCAGCAUGUUCUGUUUAUUUGUCGUUAUUUUAUUGCCAAUUUUGACGCCAGUUCUUGAUAUUGCUUUGCAUAUAAAUGGAUCUCAGCCACGUCUAAUACUGCAUUUCAUGACUGAAUAUUUUAUCGAUCAAGAAAAAUAUUUCUACAUAAUUUUGUUGCAUUCAAAUGCAGUCAUAUGUAUAGGAGCAACCACAGCGACAGCAACAGGGACAUUACUCAGAGGAUAUCUCAUACUCGCUUGCGGAUUGUUUAAAAUUGCCAGUUAUCGUAUCGAGCAAGCGAUGACAAUAAAAAUGCUCGAAAAUAUCAGUACAAAAAACGAGAUUAUAAUUUACAAGGAAAUAAUUUGUGCCGUCGACAUUCAACGCAAAGCUUUAAAGUAUUCUCAAUUUUUAUUAUCCAGCUUUAAGGGAUCCUUCUUCUUCUUAAUAGCGAUUAAUGUAAUUUCUUUGAGUCUCAAUCUUUUUGCAAUUUUUCAGUGUGUGUCGCUCGGAAACAAAGAGGAAUUGGUAUUUCAUCUUUUGAUUGUGUCGGUCAUUCUUUUGUACAUGUUCUUAGCUAACUAUACCGGACAAGAAGUUAUGGAUCACAAUAACUACAUAUAUAUUGCAGC